UCUCUCUACAAUCCCCAAUUCCUCUUUGCUUUCACAUCGAUCGCUUCGCUGUUUCAAUUUGGAUGGCAGAUUCCUCCUCAUGAUUUCUCUGCCGGAAUUGUUUGAUCGGAGCUUUCCUCGGCACAGGUUGCUUGUCUAGGAGAUCAUGAAUCACAUGUGUUUCAUGGCUUCCUGCUAUGGAGUUCUUCAGAUUACUCUUGAUCUUCACAUUACGACUAUGUGCUUCAAUAUCUCUUUGGAGAGACUGGUAACUCAACUGUUUGAAUUGGGGAUGCCCUUGGUAGGUACAUAGGAGUAUGUUCUUAAAUGAAGCAUAAAAUUUAGGAGCCUAGUCGUUAUAAUCUUAGAGUAAUAGUACAUUGGACUGGAUCAAACUGAUCUAAUCUGAUUCCCUUGCCCCGCCUGCAAAAAGUGUUAGUCACUAUUUCCUUGCUUCCUUUUAGAGUUAGCCAUGGGAUUGCCUCAACUUCCGACAAGUGAAACCUCUGAGGAGGUACACCCAGCAUCUUUCGGCCCAUUUUUAGAAAGCCCCCCUCGAUCUUCUGGGAUGAGCAGUUGUUGUUUGGAUGGAAUGAAUGGUCGAACUGCAAGCAGAAUGAGUGGAAAUUCAUUAUGCUCCUCUUUAGGAGACGACCAAGCAAGAAGCCCGGUAGAACUGUCAAAGUUUCCUGGUAAUGAUUCAAAUGGGUUUAGAAUGAUUGGUUCUCUCAGUAAAGCUGGUCAGAUCACUCCCAGAAGUGGACGAAAUGUUCAGACCCCUGCUUCUAGGAUUGUGGGUUUUGAAUCAAGUAGAACAAUUCUAAAUGAUGGUGCCAGCAGUGUUUCAUCUGAUCAUACUCACUCUUCAUCUGCAGUUAUUGUCACCGCCAAUGAAUGUACGAACAGUGGGUCAUUAGUGAAGAAGAGAAUGUUCUCCCCCUUCAAGUCCCUAUCGGCAGACCAAUUUAAUGGUGAGUAUCUGGACCUUGCCUGCAGAACUGAUCGAACAAAUAGUCCUGCUGUCGGUGAUAGUACUAGUACAUCACAUGAUCAUAAGAAACCAAAUGUUGGAAGUGAAAACCAUUUUAUCAGGCCAGCUUGGUCCAAGCAAAUGCCCUGUGAUAAAGGUAGUAUGGAAUUAACUUUCACUGACGGUCCUUUAGUGGACAUAAAUCAUCCCCUACCUAAUCUUUUACAUGUAUCAUCUCCUAGACCUGAAUUGAGAUAUCUAAGUAACAUAAAAAUUCAAAGGCCAAUAUCAAUAUCUCUGAAAGAAGUGAUUUCACCUCAGCUGUCUUUAUCACCUCUUGGCCGUAAGGUGUCUGAAAGAGGGGAAUCUGCAGGGAGGUGCAGCAAUAGUACCAAUGAAGAGUUUGAUUGUCAUUUGGCGUUGAAGAAUGUGAAAGAAGGAAGCAAAGGUCUGUAUUCUCCUGAACAAGAUAGGUUCCAGAUUACAAGUAAAUCUUUUGAAGAGGUUGAUAUAUUCCACAAAGAAUUUUGUCCAUCUUCUCUGGAAACUGGUACUCCUAUGAGUUUUUCUGUGUCCCAUGGGUCAGCUCCCACCUCCCAAUGCAUGAGGUUCGUUAGAAACCUAAGUGGGCUAUCGGUUAGGAGAUCUUUGGUUGGUUCAUUUGAAGAAUCUCUACUGUCUGGUCGGUUCUUAUCAGGGAAACCCAGUCAGAAAAUUGAUGGUUUUCUUGGUGUGCUAAGCAUUACUGGGGGAAACUUCUCACCGCGAUCACAGAAGCUUCCCUUUUCAGUAACUAGUGUAGAAGGAGAUUGCUACUUAUUAUAUUAUGCAUCCAUAUGUCUUGUGGGAAAUUCAGCGUUGCAUAGGGGUGGAGGACAAAAGAUGAAACGGGAACUUUGUAAUGAUGAUUCACAGAUUGUCAAGAGCCGCCUGCGCAUUCCUGUCAAGGGCCGUAUACAGCUGGUUCUAAGUAAUCCUGAAAAGACACCGAUUCAUACUUUCCUUUGCAACUAUGAUUUAAGUGACAUGCCAGCUGGUAGCAAAACAUUCUUGCGCCAGAAGGUGACCUUAGCAUCUACUCCAACAUCUACUCAACUGAGACAUGAGGAGACCGAUAUUGAUUCAAAAGUCAUAGACAAUGAGAUUAGAAGUGAAGGCUUGAACUCGGUGGAUUCAAUAGUUAAGGGUGAUUUGUCCAAGCUAUCCCCUCAAACAGGAAGGGUAGGAAUUCCUUCCUUCAAGGGGAUUGAGAGGAGUGUCAAUGGUAAGGCCUGCCCUUGCAAUGAUGAUAACGACAACAUCUGGGUUGAUGAACGCCAUGAAACUGACAGAAAACAAGUGCUUGGAUGUUCAAGAGUUAAUCAAAACAAGAAUAGUGCCCUUCGUUAUGCUCUCCAUCUUCGUUUCAUUUGCCCUCUUCCUAAAAAAGGCUCCAAGUCAGUUCAGAGAUGCAAAUCAGAUCCCUUGUCUGGAAUACAAAGAAGAAGCUUAGAUAAGGAAGAGGAGCGGAGAUUCUACCUCUACAAUGACCUGAGGGUUGUAUUUCCGCAGCGCCAGUCAGAUGCUGAUGAGGGCAAGUUAAACGUGGAGUACCAUUUCCCAGAGGAUCCCAAAUACUUCGACAUCGAGUGAAAGUCUGAUUGACGGGCUGACAAUAUCUCUCUGUUGUUUGUAUCCUUGAAAAUCUGCUUCUCUGGGUCACUGGGUGUACAUAUGGCCUAGUUUGUCAUUAUUUUAACCCGAAUGGCUGUGUAAUAGUUGAAUCCCUGUGGCCACCUUGUACUCGUGUACAGUAAUAGUAAUAAUAAUUGGAGUGAAGUUAAAUUGUA